UUAAUUUGAAGGAUAUAUCGUAUCGAUGGCCUCCAACAGUACCAAAGCAUGCCUUGUGGCCGUGUUGGCGUUCAUGCUUGCUUGGGCGGCGGCCUUUGUUGUUGAUGCAGCCGGAGAGUGUGGGAAGACACCCAUUAAGUCGGCGGCUGCAAGCUUGAGCCCUUGCUUGAGUGCAGCUGGGAAUGCUAGGGCUAAGGUUCCACCAACAUGUUGCACCAAAGUUGGUGCCAUGAUCAAGAUGUCACCCAAAUGCCUUUGUGCUGUCUUGCUCUCACCUCUGGCAAAGCAGGCUGGGAUCAAGCCCGCCAUUGCUAUUACUAUUCCAAAGCGCUGCAGCAUCAGUAACCGAUCAGCUGGAAAGAAGUGUGGAAGUUACACCGUCCCUUGAGAAUGAAAGGAAAGCUGAAUGGAAAGCCCCAUCGUCGUCAUGGGAGAAGAGAAACAUGAUCAAUCUAAUGUUAUGUGUAGGAGGAUAAGGUGCAUGUAGCUAGUAAAUAAGAGUUGCCCUAUUGGGUCAUGUCCUGUUAGAUAAUUGACCCAUAUUAUGGCAUUAAUUAAUUAAUAAUUAUAAUAUGUCGUUGAAAAAAAAACUUUUAUAAUAUAUAUGUUGUUGAACAAUGUAAUGCCAGAUCGAUGUGUUUAUAUUUA